GGUCAUGAUGUGAAAUGAGUUGGAUGAAGUUGGGGUGGAGUGGGAUUCCAAACAACCCAUAACUUCCAUUUUCAGCUUGACUCUUCCAUUUUCCAUAUACAGAGAAAAUUAAGAUCAUAAUGGGGUCUUCCCUGCAGAAAAUACCCAUUCAUGACGAUCGAACGAGCGAGAGCUUUGUUGUGGACAUGGAACACUUCCCUCAUCAUCUCUUGGAGAAAGACCUCUCCCAAAAUUCAAAACAUUCUAAGUUGCAGAGAAGUCUUUCAAGAAAAGGAACAAUGAGAAUCAGUGAAAAGAAAAGCAAUCCCAAAGGAUCAAAUGAGAAUGGCAUGGAAACUUCAUCGAGAGGUGCUUCACAUGAUCAGUAUCCAACCACGCAAGAAAAGCUAAGGGAAGUGACGGUGGGGGCCACCGAUAACUGCGCUCCCCAAAUCCACCAUAAUCAGAUAACAAUCACGGCAGGCGGCGGCGGAGGCGCCUCCCCGGCGGCACAAAGCUUACUUACCGGUGUCCGACGGUUAAGCUUUAGGCGGCCGCCUUCGUCUCCUCAUCCUUGGACGGCCGCUGUCAUCGAUCCCAGAAGGAUUCUUUUCGCGUUUGCCACCCUGUCUAGCAUAGGAACAAUGUUGCUCAUAUACUUCACACUAUCCUUGAAUCUUGAGCCCAUUGAAGAUCAAACUAGUGUUCUUAAUUGAUUCAUUAAGACUCUAUCAUCAUCAUCAUCAUCAAAGUUUUUAUGACCAAGUCAAAAGCAAGAUUAGCAAGAUGAAGAAAUCAAUUAUUUAUCUCAUUCUUGAAAGUGAAAAUGUAUAUGCAUAGUGGAUAUUGUUGGUUGUAUAUGCAUUCUACUCCUUUCAUUCCAGAACCAAAUUCAUCAUUCGGAUUACGAAAUUCGAGAAAAAGUGUUAAAACAUAGUGUAUAUAAAGGUGGGGAUUAGAACUUAUUUAUGUGGAACAGAAUAUCGUUGUUAGUUCCACAUUGUGUUGGCAUUAUUUUUUGACAAAAUAAUGGAAUUAUCUAGAA